UGUCUGGGUCUAUGCGGUGCCUCUGUUGUCUUAUUUGCACUGAGGAUCCAGAGUCAAACAUUAACUUCAGGCUAAAUCAAAUUUAAAGCUACUUGCUCUGAAAGCUUCCAGUGACUGUCAUGGUUUCACGCAACCACACAUCACUCCUGACACACCAGUUUAUUAAACUAGUUUAUCACGUAACUAUUUAAAAGAGUAGCACAACUGGGACCUGUGAUUCAGGAAUUUCUAUUAAGAUGAAUGGAAGAAGGAGGUAGGUUGAAAGACCUCAGCUGAGGGAUACCAUGAACCCAGGAACAGAUUAUGGCUUCUAGCAGGCUCCUGCUGCUGCUGCUGAUAGGAGUGAUUUCCUCCCAUCUACCUGAAGUGCAGGGCAAACCUAUUGACUUUUGGUGCAAGGAUCACGCCAGAAAAAGUAUGGAGACAAAGCUUGAGACACUGAAGAAAAACAUGGCUCAUUGUAAUGGUUCAGACUGGCUGCCAUCUCCUGUACAGCUGCCAUGUAUUGGGGUACUCAAAAAAGACUGGGAAAAUAAAGCUCUACAGCACAAGUGUGCAGAGGUAAUUGGGGCCCUCCAGGUUUUUCAAGAAGGAGUGCAAGGGGUGAGUAAGAAGACCACAGUGGAAUGUCAGACUCAACUUUUGAGGAGACUGGAGCUCAACAUCAAAAAUCAUCUGGUCAUUGUCAGAAGGCUUCUUAUACAGAAUGACACAGUGACAUCGUCAGAUUCUGCAGUACAGCACUGUUUCAACGAAACCAAUCUGAAUGAAGUGCUGAAACAAUACGGAUGCCUACUCCGGGGAAAACUGACAUACCUUGCUAAAGAUGUCCAGGACGGCCUCUGUACUUGAAUACUUGAAGACCCUUAUGUUAAUUUAACAAAUGGAAGUGAGCAUACAUGCACUGCUGUGCUGUGCUGCUGUAGAACUGAUUCAAGACACAACUGGAGAUCAGGAGAGGGACAGCACAGUGUGGACUGAGGGGGUCCAGCGUGUUGAUGAAGACUCAUGAAGAGAGGACUGGGACUAGACUCACAUGUAGAAUGGCAUCAUGGUGGAAAUGGUGGUUUGGGUAUUUCCACAGGACACAAGAAUGGACAAAGGGAUCAAGCAGUGAAUGAUUUUAAAGGCCAAAGGAGGUAGCAAGAGUUUUUAGUUAUCCCAAGGAGUGAUGCAAAUGGUGGAAAAAUCUAUGAAAAGGAAAGCAUGCACUGAAAGAAUCACAAAGAUGUUUUUAGCUGGUGUAUUAGAGGCUUCUUAAGCAGUUUCACCUACGGAAACACCUACAGCAAUGCUAGCAGCUCUGUGAGGCUGUACUCAGGCACAGUGGCACUUAGAGCUUGCAUGCUCACAAUGACAAUGAUAAUAUGGUGAUAUUUACUGUGUAAAUCUUUGUUUAGUGUGUUGUGAUAGUAACCCUUGCUAACUAGCACUAAAUACAAAGAACAACUGAGGUUUAUGGGAAUGUCAUUAGUUUUGCAGGUAUUUAUGCAGAAGCAUAAACGUAUGUGCAGUGUGGACUACAGUGGUGGACCAGGUGACUGACACAACCACAGAACUACAUUGCCAUGCUAGCAGCAUGACUAAAACAAAGAUAGUUAACUUUAAUCCCUUGACAUUUUUGAAACUCAAGUGAAGGAGCUGGUAUAGCAAUGUGGGCCUGUUUUAGAUUCAAAGGUAAAAUAUAACCACAUGACACAGGGUGAGUGAAGUCAGUGAUUGUCUUUACAAAGAAAUAUUGAGCAACUAACUGUUGGUGCCAGGAAAAUUUUGGUAGUGAGAGUAAUGUGAAUGGAAUGCUGUUUUUUUUUUUUUUCUUUAAACCUGUCUUUACAUCAGAUCCCACACUCUAAAAAUAAAUGUCUAGGCUCAACAAAGAAAAUUAAGGCAACAGUUUCCAUCCAUCUUGUCAUGACAAUUUUUAAUAAAAUUAUCUUCAUCCAUCAAACUA